CCCGACACCAUGGCGUCCGCCUCCUCCUCGUCGCUCCUGCGCUGCGUGCGCCAGAUGCACACCAGCGCCGCCGCGCGCAUCGCGCCACAGAAGCUCGCCGCCGGCGCCGUACGCGCGGGCAAGGCGCGCUUCCUCGCCGACGCCAUCGACUCCGGCGCCGACAGCAGCGUCGGCACGGUGCGCGCCGCCGGCGGCCUGACGGGACAGCGCACGCCCGCAGGCAUGGGACCCUUCCGCAUGGGCCAGUACUACGCCCCGCCCACGCUCAACGCCGCCGCGUACGGCGAGGAGGCGCGGCCACGCCCCGCCUUGCCGCUGCUCGGGCCCGGCGCCCGCGAGGCGCGCGCCGCCGACCAGCUGCACCGCCUGCGCCUGCGUCCCGGGCAUCCGUCGCUGCACGACGACAGCUACAAGAACCCGCCGCUGCUCAGUGCCUACGUCAGCGAGAUGGGCAAGAUCAAGCCGCGCAACGCCACGGGCCUCACUCGCCGCAGCCAGCGCGAGGUCGGCAAGGCCGUGCGCCGCGCCCGCGCCAUGGGCCUCAUGCCCGUCAUGAGCAACCAAGCCUCGCGCCUCACAUGGUGGUCGCCGCCGUCGAGGCGCGGCAUGUGAGCGCCUGCAGGGGCGGGCAGGUGUGUGGUCAAUGACGAUGAUGUGACGCAAGACAGGCGGGGUGACGCAGAGGAGACACAGCGGGCCACAGACGCGCAGCGGCGACGCCUGCACUAGACGGUGAGGUAGCGGCGGUAGAGGGCUCGGGCGAGGCGCGCAUUGCCGGCGAGCACGUAGAUGUUGGCGAGGUUGUACGCCGCCUCGCGGAAGGCGUCGAAGCCGCGCUCCAGCGGCGCAGCGCCCUCGUCGACGGGCGGAGGCGGCGGCGCCGUGCCGGCGACGGCCUCGUCGUGGAAGCGCAGUG